AUGACUGCAGCCAAAUUGGUUCAACGCUAUUUUCAACAACUAACGAAUGGUUGUGGAGAUAAUCAAUGUUUAAAUAUUUAUUGUUCAUCGAAUUCAUCAUUUAAAUACAAUCGAAAAUUUUUUGCAGAUCCAAAUUAUGCUGCUGCUGAAGCAAUUAAACUAACACAUGAAUAUGGUUCAACCUAUUUAGAUGAAUAUAUAAAUUCAAAUUUAUUUGUAAUAGAAGAAAAUCUUCAACAAAUAAUUAAUAAAUCUAAAGAAAUAAGUAAUUGGACAUUACUGCAAAACUUAAUUUAUUGUGUUUUUUCAAAUCGACAAAAUUUAUCAUCAAGUUUUUUACAAAAAGGGUUUCCUAUGAAUAUAUCACUUAAUAAUGAAACUUCUUCGUCAGCAAGUGCUACAGCAAAAAGUAAUUUUCUACAUGAUUCACGUAUAACACUCGAAAAUGAUAAGAUUACAUUAGAUUUUGACAUGUUGAAACGUUCAAUAAAAUUGUUAAUGUCAUAUGAAGAUGAAAUAUCAUCGACAAUUAAUAAUGCAUUAGGUGUUUUAUUUAAACAAAUUUCUAAUGAAUUAUUAUCAUUAAAAAAAGAUGAACUUGAAAAUGAUGCUAAUUUUUUAAAUAUAUUCUUUAUUAUAUUUCAAUUACCAUAUCUAUCCGAUCCAAUAUUUAUUUUUGAUACUGCUCAUGCAUUCUAUUCAAUAUUUUCGAAAUUAUCAAUUGAUAUACAAGCAAAAUUUGUACGAGUUUUAGCUAGACAUAAAAAUGAUAUAAAUGCUUAUGCUGCACAUCUACAGCAAUAUAUUACUAUGCAUACAGUGAAAUGGUGUGAUCACACAGAUAUUAAUAGUACAAAUGAAGCACUAUUGUCGAGUGAGAAAGGUAUGCAUGAAGGACUUUAUGUAUUGCGAGUACUUUUCUAUGCCAAUCUUCUUGCUGGUGAACGUGAAACAUUAGAAAUAAUUGAAACAGAACGUGAAAAUGAUCAACGAAUGGAAGUUGAAUUAGUAAAUCGUCGUCAACGGCAUAAUGAUGAUGGUACUGAUGAUGGUAAUAAUGAUGAACAAGGACAACAACAACAACAGCAACAAUCAAGAGAACCAAGAGAAAAUAGAUCAGAAGCUGUAACUACUCCAACACGUCAUCGAUCAUCUAGUUUUUCAAUGCGUACAUCAACUAGUGAACAAGAUGAAAUGGAAUCAAUCUAUGAAAAUCCGUUACAAAUUAAACUUGGUCUUGAACCAAAUGAAUAUCGUCAUGGUUAUUUGCCAUUUGAUGAUUUUAUUAAUGAAUUUGCUAAUGAAAAAAUUGAAAUAAAUAAAGAAUAUCUUGAGUUUGUUCGGCAAAGACCUGAUAUGCUACCUUUUUCAUUUAUUUUAUAUCCAUUCUUUUUAUCAACAAUUAACAAAAUUGCACUUCUUAACAUCGAAAAUAAAGUACAAAUGUAUCGACAACGACAUACAUCUUUUUUUCAUAGUUUAUUCAGUGGUAUUCGUCUUGAUCCAUUUUUUAAAAUAUGUGUUCGACGUAAUCAUCUUAUUGAAGAUGCUUUAAUCGCUCUCGAAUAUCAAGGUAUCGAACAACCAGCUGAACUGAAAAAACAAUUCUUUGUCGAAUUCGACGGUGAACAAGGUCACGACGAAGGUGGAUUAUCAAAAGAAUUCUUUCAACUUAUUACGGAACAAAUUUUUGGUCCUGAAUAUGGUAUGCAUUAA